AUGCCUGCACCAUCUACAUCCAACAAGAAUGCAUUGGAGCUAGCUGCUGCCAACUUACAAAAGGCCACUAUGAUUGGAACAUUCACAGUUUUAUUGGAGCAGACUCAGAACCAUCCUGACCAACAAGCACUUGAUCAGUCCUGGGUUGAUACACUUGUUGAGCGUACAGAAAACAAUGCAUACAAUCAGACAUUAGAAGCUCUUUUGGAGGAGCAGGGUGUCAACUCUGCUCCCAAGCUUCCCCAAGAGCUGAGUGUACUAGUCUUUGCUGGGCAACACCGCCUUGCAAUGCUCUCUCAGCUUGACCUUGGAGGACAGGAGAACAUGUGGUGGCAUGCUCAUGUUUACAAGCAGGAAUUAGAAAGGGACCACCCAGCCAAAUUUCUGACUAUGAUGCAUGAAUCAAACAGCCCCCAGUUGAUGAAAUGCUGCAGUGAUCUUGAGCUGUUCUGUGCAGUCCGGAAGCUGAAGAAGCUUCUGAAGAGCAGUGCCUUCUCAGCAGGGUCAUGGAUGAGAUUGACAACUGGUUGCCUGUACAUGGUAGCUUCAGGCCUUGUUCAAGAGAUGUUAGCCCAAGUGGACCUUCUAACAAAGGGGAUGAGCAAUGUUCCCAAGGAUGCUAUGAACUUUCCACCUUGGUCUUGCCAACUAUCCAUAAUCCAAGCAACCAAGGCUGGUAAGAGGAAGUUGGCCCAUGCAUGGGAUGCAUUACCAGGUGGACAAAAACAGGCUCUACAAAGAGCAAGUACCCGUCCAACCAGCUUUGUCAGCCACCUGAACCCCUGGAAGGAAGACCCAUGGACAUUCCCAGAUAUGGUGCUUUUACCAUCCUGUCUUGGAUCCAAGAUAAUUGAGGAAGAGCUAAGGCUGACACAGAUUGUCAACAUGAUCACAACAGAAGAGCAGUUCAGUCAGCAUACAAAAACUUCAGAAACCAUGGAGAGUCCAGUUGAUCACCCAGCAGGAGUGAUAGCACAUUUCCUCAUGGAGAAGCAUGGGAAUGAGGCCAAUGCCCAAGGUUAUGAGUACAAGCAGUCAAGGUCAAGUCAAAGGCCCAAGCAUCCAGUGGACGCAAGCUUUGACAACCACCCUUUGAAGCAGCAAUGGCUCUCAACUAAUAGGAGUCCAAGUACAGAUGGGCCAGCUAUUGCUACAGAAGCAACCCAGGAGAGUAGUGCUACAGCCAAUGAUCAUGAAGCUAUGGACAUAGAUAGCCCUCAUGAUGGUAGAACAGGAAGCACCAAUGGUGAGGAUGAGGAGGGCAGUGAGCAAACAAAUGGGGGGGUUGGGGCUCAGGGUGGGAAUAAGGGUGAGGGUGAGGGCAAGGAUGGUAGGGAGGAUGUGAAUGAAGGUGAUCACCUUGAUGACAAGGACAAUGAUGAUGAUGAUGAUGAUGAUGAUGAUGAUGAUGAUGACAACAACAACAACAUUGCACCAGUUGAGCUACAAAGGGGUGGGGAUAGACGACUGGGUCAAGCCCUUGCCCAAAUUACAUCAACUGCAGAGGUGAUGACAAGGGAAGAAAGCAGAGCAAUGACUGAGCUGCUGGGUCAAAUCAUGGCUAGUCAUAGGGAUGGGGAUAUGGUGCACCUUGUCAAUGCAUUGGUGGCAAAAGGGAAGCAUGUACUGCUGAAGCAGAGAAAGCAGCAAGAGCACAACUUUGAAUCACCUGAUGAGGAUGAGGAAAGGGAUGCGCAAGAUGAAGCGUCAAGCCCAUUGGGCAACUCAGAUGUUGAGGGAGCUGGGGAAGUUGAGGAUUAUGGCCCCCAAGGAGAAGAGGAAUUGGAGUAA